AUGUCAAAUGAAUUGCCGAAGAAUUAGUCAAUAGGACAAUAUAAUUUUAGCAGGACUUUGGGACAGGGAACCUUCGGAAAAGUGAAAUUGGCAACCCACAUUCUGACCGGAGAGAAAGUUGCAAUCAAGAUAUUAGAAAAGUAGAAGAUUUGCGAUCAAUCCGAUAUUGAACGCGUGACUAAGGAGAUUCAAAUAUUGAAGAAGGUGCGUCAUCCAAACUUGGUCCAAUUGUAUGAGAUAAUAGAGACGCCCAAAUAGUUGUUUCUAGUUAUGGAAUAUGUAAACGGAGGAGAACUCUUUGAUUAUAUCGUCCAAAAUCAACGUAUUAAAGAUGUCGAAGCAAUCAGAUUUUACAGUUAAUUAAUUUCAGGCAUCGAAUAUCUCCACAAACUGCAAAUUGUUCAUAGAGAUCUCAAGCCUGAGAAUCUGAUUCUCGAAGGGAGAGGCAAAAUUAAAAUCAUCGACUUCGGCUUAUCGAAUUUUUAUCAUCAAGAUGAGUUAUUGAAGACAGCAUGUGGAUCACCUUGUUAUGCUGCUCCAGAAAUGAUUGCUGGCAAAAAGUACCAUGGCCUACAAGUCGACAUCUGGAGUUCAGGCGUAAUCCUAUUUGCCAUGUUGGCAGGAUAUCUUCCUUUUGAAGAUCCCAAUACAUCUUAGUUAUACAAGAAAAUAAUAUCAGGAGAUUUUAAAUUUCCCAAAUACAUUUCAGGGGAGGCUAAGGAUCUAAUCAAGAAUAUAUUGAAUGUCGAUCCACAGAAAAGGUACACGAUAGCAGACAUUCGUAAACACAGCUGGUUUAGUUUUUACAAUUAAAAAAUACCAACUGGCCUCAUUGUUGGUUAACAUAGAAUCCCAAUUGAUCCUGACAUAGUUAAAUAGAUGAUUCAAUAUGGAAUCUAAGUUGAAUACGCUGAAAAAUGUGUUGAAACUAAUCGACAUAAUCAUGUGACAACUACAUAUUAUCUGUUAUUGAAAAAGCAUAUAUUAGCAGGCAAUAAGACGAUUGCAGACGUAAACUCAGAAUAAUUUGAACCUCAAAAAAUAUCGAUUAGGUAAUCUACACAGACGGAUAGAAGGUACGUUAAUUAAAUCAAUCCUCUACCCUUGAUAUAACGAAAAUCAAGACACACCUAAUAAAGGGAUGAUUCUCCUGUAGACACAAAACCUAGAUUAAAUAUUUCAGUCAAUACUCAUAACACUAUCUAAUAAUAGUAGUCUCCAACCAUUAUGAAUCAAUCUGUGGAUGUGAAGAGGAAGGACAUGAGGGAUUUUUAGAAGACUACGCUCUUGGAAACUAGUUUAUUAUAAUAGUCUAAUGAUGUUAAGGUUUUGAAAUUGAAGACUCCUGUAUGUAGGAAUUAUAUAAUGGGUGACUAUUACACUAGAUUUGAAAGGAAAUCUAGAAAUCAAGAUAGAAAGAAAUCAAUGGAUUAGGAUUAAACUUGCUUUAGAACAUUUUAUAAGGGAAGUCCUAUUCCAAAAAGAUGA